AUGGAAAUAAUUGGUGUGAUUUUAUUAUUUUGCUGUGUAAUUUUAAUAAAUGUUGUAGGCAUUCUUACCUACGAAAAUUCUGACUGUACAAACCUAAAAGAAACUGAAAAUAAGCCUCGAGAUUGCUGUGAAUUCCCAAUUCUCUAUGUCAAUCAUACAACGCUGCAAAAAUGCUUCAGAACAUGCCCGUCCAUCAAGUCAGACGAUAAGUAUGAAAAUGAUGAAGAAAAGCAAAAGGAUGAAUGCUGUUUAGUCAAAUGUAUCCAUGAAGUUGAAGAAGUUGUUGACAAAAUGGGAGCUAGUAACUUGGAGAACUUAAAGUACAGCUUUAGGUCUCGAAAUGGAUCAUUUUUGUCUGAUGAGUGGCAAAAGGUUGUUGAUAAGGCUGUGGAUAAGUGUGGUGAAAAAUUCCCACAAUCGGAUCAAAUUGAGAGCUGCCUUCCCGCCUAUCAUCGUAAAGUCCUCAAAUGUACUUACAUUUCAUCAUUUUUGAAUUGUGUCGAUUCUAAACGGACAGCAAGAUGUAUUGCAUUGAGGAAGUCUGUUCAAGAUUGUACAAAUAGCAAUGACAUGUCGCUCGAGGCUUGGUCAAUAUUCUUUGCAUGAAAAAUUGAGGAUUUUGAUUUUUUGAUAGUUGAUGUUGUAUUCAGAGACGGGUCAAGUUUUUUAAAAGUUUUUAAAAGUUUGUAAUCUUAAAAUGUUGAAAAAUUU